GUCUGGUUGGUGUCGCCGCCGCCGCCGUCGCUGCUGAUCCUGCUGCCGUUGCCUUCGGAGUCCAAGUGGUCGCCGCCGGGAAGGAAGGAGGGGACAAGUCCCUCGUCCAUAGCUUGAGGACUCGGGGGUCUCCCCAACGCCCCCUUUUUUUGGCCCGGGACCUAGGGAUUUCCCCCGUCGAGGGGGCAGCGUGAGCGGGGAGCCGCCGGUGAAAAUAAGCAACUAGAGAAGAAUACGUUUGUACUCAAUAUGUCCAGAAGAAGAUUUGAUUGCCGGAGCCUCUCAGGCAUGCUGUCUACAUCUAUCCAAACUCCAAUAAAGACAGAAAACUUUCACAAUUUUUACAUGCUCACAUCUAAAGAGCUGGGCAGAGGAAAAUUUGCUGUGGUCAGACAAUGUAUUUCAAAAUCCACUGACCAAGAAUAUGCUGCUAAAUUUCUAAAGAAGCGAAGAAGAGGCCAAGAUUGUCGAGCAGAGAUCCUACAUGAAAUUGCCGUGCUAGAAUUAACAGAGUCCAGUUCCCGUGUGAUUAAUCUCCAUGAAGUCUAUGAAACUUCAAAUGAAAUCAUUUUGGUGUUGGAAUAUGCUGCAGGUGGAGAAAUUUUCAACUUAUGUUUACCUGACCUAGUUGAAAUAGUCUCUGAAAAUGAUAUCAUCAAACUUAUUAGACAAAUAUUGGAAGGAGUUUCUUAUCUACAUCAAAACAAUAUCGUGCACCUUGAUUUGAAGCCUCAGAAUAUCUUAUUAAGCAGCAUUUCUCCACUUGGAGACAUAAAAAUUGUAGAUUUUGGAAUGUCUCGGAAAAUAGGGAAUGCAUGUGAACUGAGAGAAAUAAUGGGAACUCCUGAAUAUCUAGCUCCAGAAGUAUUGAACUAUGAUCCUAUCACCACGGCAACAGACAUGUGGAAUGUUGGCAUAAUUGCAUACAUGUUAUUAAUGCAUACAUCUCCAUUUGUGGGAGAAGACAAUCAAGAAACAUACCUCAAUAUUUCUCAAGUCAAUGUGGAUUACUCUGAAGAAAUGUUUUCAUCAGUCUCACAGCUGGCCAAAGACUUUAUUCAGUGUCUUUUAGUAAAAAACCCAGAGGACAGACCAACAGCAGAAGACUGUCUCUCUCAUCCUUGGCUCCAGCAACGGGACUUUGUAGACUUGUUUCAUCCUGAAGAAACUUCCUGUUCUUCUCAAACUCAAGAGCACACAGUCAGAAACUCAGAAGACAAAACCAUUAAAUCUACUUGUAAUGGAACCUGUGGCGACCGAGAAGAUAAGGAGAAUAUUCCUGAGGACAUUAGUACAGUUUCCAAACGAUUUCGUUUUGAUGAUUCCUUGCAUAAUCCUCAGGAGCUUGUUCCAGAUUUGUUGUGCUAGCAACUUUCUCUUCAUCAUUUGAACUGAAUUUAAAAUCCACUGCAGUGUUGCCUAUGAGAUGUUAUGUUUUGUAGCUUCAUGUAUAAUGUGCUUAUACUGAACAUGCACUUUUGAUUUGGGGAAGGAUUGAAGGAAAUGUGUUUGUGUUAAUGUAAUGGUUCAUAAUAAGAGAGCUUGAUUCCUGUCCUGGAACCACAGAACUCACCAGAGAAGAAAAUUUAAAUAGUAUAUUUGCACAUUUCAAAUAUUACUUCAAAAAUAACGUUUUGAACAUUUUUGGCUUGUAUUCUGUAAAUAAGAGAAACUAAGCUAAGUUUCACUAGGUUUGCCAAAGAGUUGCUAUACGGUACCAACUAAGUACUUUUGGUAAUUUUUUGGCUAGGACAUAAAUGCAGCAAAAUGAAGAAAUUGAAAGUUAAGUCUUUUGUCUUCCCCUAAGGUAAAUGUUGUGUUAUCCUUCUAUUAAUUGAAUUCAUUCAGAGCAACAUCAUCAAAAUUAAGCUGUUCCAUUUACUGCACUUUCCACCGAAAUACCCAGAAGUCAUCUUGCAUCUGAGAAGAGCAUUCAGCCCUUAGUUUUCUGGUUCUGCAUACAUCAUACAGAGAAUGUGAUAUUUUUCUUGAUAAAAAGAAAUAACAGGAGUUUCCUCUGCAGUUUGUCACUCAAGAAAGUGUUUUGGAAAUUGGGUUUUGUAGUCUUAAUAGAUCUUUCCCUACUCCCAAAAUAUACCCAAUCAAAUACAGUUUGGAAGAUGGUUACAAAACAGCUGGCAAAGCCUUCUGAUGGAUGCUCAUGAAGAUACCUUAGAAAAUAGAGUGUUUCCCUUCGUUAAGCAGUGAUAUCUAUUGAGGGUAGAAGAGUAUGUGGCCAAAUUUAGCUAUGGAAGUAAGUAACAGAAUCUAGGAUGCAGAAUAAUGAAACUAAGAAUCUGAAAACCAAACAUUCGAAAUACAAAUAGGUAUGAGAAGAAACUACUGGAGCACAAUCUCACUAAAGUACAAAUGACUAGAGUCCAAUAAAGAGUCAAGCUCAAUGGUAUUUAAAGUGUUGGGAACAAGCCUCUUAACAAUCUUCUGUACACACACAGCUCACAGUGAGUGGUGAGCUUCAGUAUGAAACAAAUUCCAUGAGGUCCUAUGGUGGCCUACGUAAUAACUGAAGAUUACAAUACAUCACUUUUUUUGGAUUUAGCACAGAGAUUGUCACCUGGUGUCCUUGAUGUCUUCUGAAAAAGAUCCAAUCAAGGAUGGGGGAGACACUUCUCUCUAGCCGAUCCUUAAAGUCUACAAAGAGUGGCCUUCAUUAGCAGGUAUUUUGUCAUCCCAGUAGGAAAGCUUAAGUCAAGGUAAUAGGAGAUUUCAUGACCUAUUGACCUUCUUACACCAUGAAAAAGAGGCCAACUUUUGGCUAAAAAUGGUAGACAUCUCUAGUUACCUUCCUAGAAGUUUUAAAACACCAAAUGUCUCAGUGAUAUCGCCAUUAUUACUAACAGCAAAGAGGGGUGGGUCCUUUGGCCUUAAAUUUGAAUUAAUGUUGUCAAGAGUUUUUUAAAGUAGAAAUUAUGUGUGUUGAAUAUAUGUGUGUAAGUUUUAAAUAUAUAAUCAUUUACACAACUCUUGAUUCAUGAUAGUUCUAGGUUCUUCAAAGACCUGUGAAUCUAUUUUAUUCAACUCAGGUGCCAAAAGAAUUUUUCUCAUAUAUCAUGUAAAUAUAUAAAGAAAUAGUUUUGAAGAAACAGACUAGAAAUUGUAAAAGCUAAAAUGGGCAUCUUCCCUUCCGAUAAAAGCGAAGGUUUAUAGUUUUAUAAUAAUUGUUUCCAUUGAUUUGCCAUCAGUAUUAAGUUACUGCACUCAAGUGUCAAAUAACUUUCAUUGGGAAGUGGUUAUAUGUAUCCAUUUUCUGUGAUCAAAUACAUGCUCACUUGUCGAGAGAUCUCAGUGCACAUCAAUAAAUGAAAUAAGCAAGAAAUGUAAAAUGUUGUAAUAUUAUGAGCACUUAAUAUGUUUGGUGCUUUUCAUGUCAGUUUCCUUUUUUUGCUGGAAGAAGCUUAUAUUCAGCCAGUCUCUGCUUUUCCCCUCAGCUAUAGGGUAUGUUGUAUAUCAAAUUUGAAGUUAAAUCUUUAAAAGUCUAUUUCAAUUAUUUACUUCAUCUCCUAAAAUUAAUUAAGGUUUAUUGUGAAAAGACAGUAGAACUUGAAUUAUGGCAGCACUUACCAUGUAAAAUUCCAGUUGUUUCUAUAAAAAUGAAUGUAAGUAUUUCCACUGGUGGACAAAGUAAGCAGCACCUUAAACUAUUUUCUCACUCCCUAUAUUGUUUCAGAUUAGGUUGAAUCCUGUGAAGGUAUUAUUUUGAAAUGCAUAAUCAUUAAAAAUUUCUGAUUUUAUUCCAAGAUGUUAAACUUUUAAAGUAUCCUACCUGAAGUGUUUAAAAAAAGUUUCAUCUUAAAUUGCUUUAAAAGCAAGUAAGAGAAAAUAUAAUGAAAUAAUAUAAAUAUGUUUUAUCAAACCAUAGUAAAAGAAUGUUUCAAAGUUUUACAGGGAUUUUUCCCCAUUUUAGUUGACUCGAAUAAUAAAUUUUUAGUUGGCUAACUUCACUUCACAAAAUAAAGGUUAAUAUAGUUAUAGCUUAAAAAUGGACAAAAGCAAUUGAGGAGUAAAUUAUAAAGUUAUUGUCUGAAAUUUUACUAACACAUUUUAAAAUUACUUUAAAAAGGCAAAAUUGAAAUGAUACAGAAAAGUUUGUAAAAAGGUUAAAAACAUAUUUACUACAACAUUACAAUUUUUUUCAUGACCCUCAAGGAUACAUUAAUAAUUUAAAAAAUUUUAAUAGUUUUUUUUUCACCCAAAAUGAGCAAGGCUGAAUUAGGGAAUCAUUGAAACUAAAUGUCUAAUUAUUAUUCAUUUUUCGAUCACAGUGACUCCUACAAUUCUUAUUUCCAUUUUCCUUUAAAUAACAAUGUAUUAAAGAUGAAAAAGGUAGGUCUUUUUAGUCAAAAUGGAGGUCACCUUAACAGUAAUAAAUAUCAGUAAUUGCUCAACUGCUCUAAAGUUUAAUUCUAAACUAUAAUAAUUUUGCAAAAUAAAAUUUACUUUCUGAAUAUGGAGUACAAAGAGUUGGAGAAUACCUUAAAAAUAGAAAAUUAAAAUUUUAUUAUCUAUAGUCACUUUGACUUGACUUUCCACAGCAGGUAUAAAACAUAAAAACAAAGCACUUUAAACAUAUAGAAACACAUGGAAUAGCAUAUUGUCCCCAAAGAACAUUUACCUGUUUUUGAUGUUUAAAAUUGUUUACAUUUCUUACUCUAUUUUCAUUUUAGCAAUUGGAUUUUCAAAUGAAGCAAACACCUAGUAAUGGAUACUUUUUGAAUUGUGUAAACAAUUGUAGUUUUAUUUCAAAGUAUAAAAGCGAAAUUUAAAUUCUCUGGAUUAAUGUAAAUGUCUAAUUUUAUUUUAUAAGAAUCUUUUAGAGUGCUUUAACUUACUGUAAAAUAUUGUAUAUAAUUCAAGUAUAGGUCCAACUGUCCUGUGGUAACUUUUGUUAGAUAAUUUAAGUUUUUAAGGGUAGAAUGACAGAUGUGAUCAAGUCUGUUCACUUUAGAGCACUGUUCAUUCUAUGUACUUAAUGAGCCUUUUGAUUGUAAAUUAAAUGGCAUUUUUUUUGUA